ACCAGGUUAUAUAUAAACCACCACACGAGCACAUUCACCAUUUAGCAUCAGUCAAAUUUUUACACUGACUCCCAAAAAAUUUCAACAUGGCCUCUCUUCCACUGGCUCUGCUCCUUCUAGCCAGCCUCCAGACCUUUGAUCCGAUUGUGGUUGUUAACGGUUUACAACUGGACAGUGGUUCAACUGAGAUUGGAGACGUGUGUAAAGACUGCACAAACAUAUUUGAACUCCUGGCUGACAUGCUUUCCAGUAAGGAGCUUCAGAAAAAGAUUGUAGAAAGUGUGGAUGCUCUGUGUGAGCACCUGCCCGGACCAAAGACCACUGUGAAGCUCUGCAAAGAGGAAGUGGAGAAGAUGCUUCCUAUAGCAAUUCACUUCAUCAUUGGAGCAAUUAAGCCAGCUGAAAUGUGUAAACUACUGGGCCUUUGCCAAUCCUGUGACAAACAACUAAAAAUGCUAAACUACUUUGCCAAUGAAGCACUGGAGAAUGCAAUAACAAGGCAAAAUGCUCCACAGAAGAACCUAUGCUCUCUUUGCCUUUUUAUUAUGAAGACACUGGAGGGUUUACUGCCAAAGCAAAGGACGGAGGAUGCUGUGAUCCAUCUAAUGGAGGACAUCUGUCACAUCCUUCCCCCGUUAUAUCAGCGCCAAUGCGAGGACAUUGUUGGCAAGUUCAGUAAAACCAUAAUAGAUGCUAUCCUGAGCUACGCCACUCCACGCUCCAUCUGUGAGCUGCUCCACCUGUGCAAAGGCCAAGAAGGAACAUUACUGGACCCUUGCACUGUGGAAGAAUACAGGUGCAGAGACUUCAGCAACGCUCUCAGAUGUGGAACCCUGUUCUACUGCCAGAAGUUUGCUUGGAAGACUCUGAACACCAUUUGAAAAAUGUACAUUUAUACAGUCGUGGAUAAAAUUGUUGGUACCCCUCUGGCAAUGAAAGAAAAAUCAACAAUCAUCUCUGAAAUAACUUGAAUCUAAUAAAAGCAAUAAUAAAUUAAAAAUUACAGAAAAUUGUCCAACAAAAAUCAAACAUUGCUUUUCACCUGUGGUUCAACAGAAUUAUUAGAAAAAACAAAAUAAUGAAACUGGCCAGGUCUAAAAUGAUAGUACCCUUAACUUAAUAUUUUUGAGGCAAACUCUGCAAACAAACGAUUUCAGUCACUGUCAAUGAGUCUUCUGCACUGGUCAACAGGUAUUUUGACCCAUUUCUCAUGAACAAACUGUUCUUGUUGUCUCAGGUUUGAAGGAUGCCUUCUCCAGACAGCAUGUUUCAGCGUCUUUCACAGAUGUUCAGUAGAAUUGAGAUCUGGGCCCAUAGAAGAACACUCCAGAACAAUCUAAUGUUUUGUUCUUAGCCAUUCUUGAGUGUUUUAGCUGUGUGUUUUGGGUCAUUAUCCCGUUGAAAGAUCCAUGACCUACAACCGAGACCAAGCUUUCUGACACAAGGCAACACAUUUUGGUCCAAAAUACCUUGAUAGUUUUGAGAUUUUGUUGUACCUUGCACAGAUUCAAGAUUCAAGACACCCUGUGCCAGAUGCAGCAAAACUGCCCCAGAACAUGACCAAGCCUCCUCCAUGCUUCACAGUAGGGACAGUGUUGUUUUCUUGGUCUGCUUCAUUUUUGUGUCUGUGAACAUAGAGCUGAUGUGCCUUGCCAAAGAGCUUCAGUUUUGUCUCAUCUGUCCAAAGAACAUUCUCCCAGAAGCUUUGUGACUUGUCAAUAUGCACUGUGACAAAUUCCAGUCUCACCUUUUUAUGAUUACUUUCAGCAGUGGUGUCCUCACAUGAAGUCCACUUUGGCUCAAAGAGUGACUGAUGGUGUGAUCUGACACUGAUGUAAUUUGCCCAUCGAGUUCACAUUUAAUUUGUUUGUAGGUUGUUCUGGGCUCUUUGGUUGCAUUCGUAUGAUCCAUCUCUUAAUUUUUGUCAUAAAUUUUCCUUUUGCAGCCGCGUCCAGGGAGGUUGGCUACAGUCCUGUGGACCUUAAACUUCUGAAUAAUGUGUAACUGUAAUCACAGGAACAUCAAACUGCUUGUAGAUGAUCUUAUUGUCUUUAUCUUUAUCCUGCUUGUCUAUUAUUUUCUUUCUAGUCUCCUGACACAGUUCUCUUCUUCUCUUUCUCUGGUCCAUGUUCAGUGUUGUCUCCAUCAUGUCUCCAAACAGCACAAUGACACACGUCUCCCUUUAAACAGGCAGACUGACUGAAUACAAGUUUGAAGACACCUGCGAUGCAGAUUAGAGGACACACUGAAGUUUAACAUGUCCCUAUUGUCCAAGUAUUUACAAUCUUUUCUAGGGGUACCAUCAUUUUUGUCCAGGACAGUUUCAUUAUUUGUUUUUUAUUUUUUUAAUAAUUCUGUUGAACAACAAUUCAAAAACAGUGUCUGGUUUUCACUGGUCAUUUGUCAGGAUUUUUUUUUAUUUAUUAUUGCUUUUCUUAGUUUAAAGUUAUUUCAGUAAAAAUUGUAGAUUUUUCUUUCAUUACCAGAGGGGUACCAACAAUUUUAUCUACGACUGUACGUGUACAACAUUUGGCAUUUUAUCUUAUCAGACUGACAUUCGUAUGAUCUUUCAGGAUCCUAUGGCAAAUUAUUAUGAGAGCCCCAUGUUCUAAGAAAUCGAACAAAUGUAUUUUAGCUAGAUAUAAUUGAUCACAUUGUUACAUGUGUUAAAUGCACUUAAAUGACAAAAAUUCUAUCAGUAAGCCAUCAGUACUGAAAUUAUGGAGAACCACAGCAUCUUCAUGAUACAUGUUUGAUAACAAUUAGGUGUAUCAAUGUGCAGGAACAGGGCUUUAAUAAACUUUAAAAACAACUUAAUUGCAGAUGACUUUGACAAUCAAGUUAAGUGUACUUUUAUAGAUCAAUACUUUAAAAUACUGCAUAUUAUUAAUAAUAAAUCAACAUACAUUACAUAA